AUGUACAAUUUGACAGUCAAUAUUGAAGCAGCAAAUUAUACAAAUUUGAAACAACCAUUUACAGUCACAAUAAGCAAUACUUUUGGUCUACCAGCCUACAGAAUUUAUCCAAAUGGAGAAGAGGUUUUGAUUUCAAGUACAACAGCAGAACAAGUUGUACAAACAUCUGAUGAAAAUUAUCAAGUUGUACUGAAAAUUCAAGGGCCAGAACGAGUUACACUUUAUGGAGCAUUCAUCGAAUAUCAAGUUGCACCA